AGACAAUUCUGCAACACUCUAGGAACUAGCUGUUGCUUCGUAGAAGAUGAGCCGGUCAAAUGAAGCUGAAGAAGUCAAGCCGCAGGAGGAGGGCGAGGAGAGUCUGCCGCUCAUGGCGCGCAUGCUUAAUCACAUCUUAACUCCUGGGUCUUCUCUGUCCCCUGUGGUUUGGAUUAGCUUUAAUGUCAUCAUGCUGGCGCUUUUUGUUGUGUGGUUGAUGUUCGUCUGCUCGAUGCCAAAGAACGUGCACGUUUGGAUCUUUGGUAUUCUCGGCCUCGGUCUCACCGCGUCAACAAACUGGCUGAUGAAGAUCGUCUUUAGUUCCGGAUUAGAUUUCGCUUCACAGCAGCAGCGCGAGGCCGAGGAGAAGAGUGCUGCGGAGAAGACUGUGGAGGAAAAAAAGAACGAUUGA